GGGUGGAGGUCUCAAACUGAAUUCCUACAGACUUUUUGGAAGUAGACAGCUGGCUAGAGAAGAGGUUAUAUCAUGGCUCCAGCUGAGAGAAGCAGUAAGGUAUGCUUGGCUGUGACAAUGGAUUAUUUAUUUGUAUCAGAUACUCUUAUAUGAAAAGAUCACAUUUCCAAAGAGCUUAAACAUUAUUUCAUCUCCUGAAACAGUAUGGCAGGCUUCAAACGAGGAUAUGAUGGAAAAAUUGCAGGAUUGUAUGACUUGGAUAAAACUUUGGGCAGAGGUCAUUUUGCUGUGGUCAAACUUGCUCGACACGUCUUUACAGGUGAAAAAGUAGCAGUAAAAGUAAUCGACAAGACUAAACUGGACACUCUAGCCACUGGGCAUCUUUUCCAAGAAGUCAGAUGCAUGAAACUUGUCCAGCAUCCCAAUAUUGUACGACUAUAUGAAGUGAUCGACACCCAGACUAAGCUUUAUCUUAUCUUGGAGCUGGGUGAUGGAGGAGAUAUGUUUGAUUACAUCAUGAAACAUGAAGAAGGUCUGAAUGAGGAUCUGGCAAAAAAAUAUUUUGCUCAAAUAGUUCAUGCUAUAUCCUACUGCCAUAAACUGCAUGUAGUUCAUAGAGACCUAAAACCAGAGAACGUGGUCUUCUUUGAAAAACAAGGACUUGUGAAAUUGACUGACUUUGGCUUCAGCAACAAAUUUCAGCCUGGAAAGAAGCUCACCACAAGUUGUGGAUCUCUUGCAUAUUCUGCUCCUGAGAUUUUACUUGGGGAUGAAUAUGAUGCACCAGCAGUGGAUAUAUGGAGUCUGGGGGUCAUCCUUUUUAUGCUGGUGUGCGGACAGCCACCGUUUCAAGAAGCAAAUGACAGCGAAACUCUGACCAUGAUAAUGGACUGCAAAUACACAGUGCCACCUCAUGUGUCCAAAGACUGUAAAGACCUCAUUACACGGAUGUUGCAGAGAGACCCAAAGCGAAGGGCAUCUUUGGAAGAGAUUGAAAACCAUGCAUGGCUUCAAGGAGUUGACCCGUCUCCUGCUACCAAGUACAAUAUUCCUCUUGUAUCAUAUAAAAAUCUGUCUGAGGAAGAACAUAACAGUAUAAUACAGCGCAUGGUUCUUGGUGAUAUAGCAGACCGAGAUACAAUAGUGGAGGCACUGGAAACCAACAAAUACAAUCACAUCACUGCUACUUACUUCUUACUAGCUGAAAGGAUUCUGAGAGAAAAACAAGAGAAAGAAAUUCAGACCAGAUCUGCAAGCCCUAGCAACAUCAAAGCUCAGUUCAGGCAGUCGUGGCCAACAAAAAUUGAUGUACCCCAAGAUCUGGAAGAUGACCUUACAGCUUCUCCCCUCUCCCAUGCAACUGUUCCUCAGUCUCCAGCUCGCACGGCUGAAAACGUUCUCAAUGGUCACAGAAGCAAGGCACAUGGUGAUCCAGCAAAGAAAGAGGAUAUCCCUGAAUUAGCUGGACCGGCACUGUCAGUAGUUCCAUCAGUGAGCUUAAAACCCACUACAAGUGGCCGAAAGUGUUUGUUCAGGGUUGAAGAAGAUGAAGAAGAGGAUGAAGAAGAUAAGAAACCUAUUUCUCUUUCUACUCAAGUUGUUUUGCGCCGUAAGCCUUCAGUUACAAACCGUCUCACUUCAAGAAAGAGUGCACCAGUCCUCAAUCAAAUCUUUGAAGAGGGCGAGUCAGAUGAUGAGUUUGACAUGGAUGAGAACUUACCCCCAAAGCUUAGCAGGUUAAAAAUGAACAUUGCUUCACCUAGCACAGUGCAUAAGCGCUAUCACAGGAGGAAAAGCCAGGGACGGGGCUCUAGCUGCAGUAGCUCAGAAACAAGCGAUGAUGACUCAGAAAGUAGGAGACGCCUAGAUAAAGAUAGUGGGUUUACUUACUCCUGGCAUAGACGGGAUAGUAGCGAAGGGCCUCCUGGCAGCCAAGGAGAUGGUGGUGGACAAAGCAAGCCAAGUAACGGAAAUGGAGGGGUAGACAAAACAAGUCCGAGUGAUAACAACAAAGGUGGGGGAAGUCCCUCCAGUAGCUCCAGUGGUAGCACCAACAACACUUCAGGUUCUACUCGUAGGUGCGCUGGAUCUGGAAACUCAAUGCAAUUAUCGUCUAAAAGUGCAGGGGAACUGGUUGAAAGCCUGAAGUUGAUGAGCCUUUGCUUAGGUUCACAGAUUCAUGGCAGUACUAAAUACAUUAUUGAUCCUCAAAACAAUCUGUCAUUUUCCAGUGUAAAAGUACAGGAGAAAUCAACAUGGAAAAUGUGUAUAAGUUCCAGUGGAAGUGCAAACCAGGCUUCAUCAUUGGGCAACCUAAAAUUUUUUUCUGACCAAAUGUCAGACACAGCAAAUGAAUUGGAACGGAUAAAGAGCAGGAACUUGAAAAAUAACGUGCUACAACUACCUCUCUGUGAAAAGACGAUAUCUGUGAAUAUUCAGCGGAACCCAAAGGAGGGACUGCUGUGUACCUCCAGUCAAACCAGUUGUUGUCAUGUCAUUUGACAAUGACCCGACUUUAAUAGCUCAAUCUACUUGACAACAUCAUUCUUCCUGUUCAGAGCUGUGAAUGUCACUGAACUCUCUUUUGUUGUCUUAAUAUUUUUAAGUGGGCUUUGAGCAGUUAUUUAUUACAUUUUAAUUUAGUGUUUGCUUGAUGGUAUGACAAUGCAUGGUCUUUGCAUGCUGCUAGCCAAUAUGUUUUUCUUUCCCAACAGAGCAGACUAUUUUAUUGUGUAAUUUUUACAUUUAUAAUUUUACUAUGGAAGAUCUGGAUUAAAUUAAAAUGAGUAUCUGGAUCCUAAUGUAAAUGGAGCACUUAGAAGUUUCAUGUUCCGCACUUAAACUAGAGCGAGAGAAGCUUUUGUUUGCUUGUGAAACGUUAAUUCUUGUUCUGACCUUCUGUGAUAUCUAAAAUAUGUGAUAUGUGGCAUACUUCUAUGUGUCUGAAACAGAACCAAAGCAAUAAUGUUUUGAUGCUGAAAACUCUUCAGGGAGCUUUCAGAUGUUCCAAGGCUUGUACAAAGCAAAGAUGCACUGAAAAUUAGUGAUCUUGAAAUAUGAUUUUAAACCCACACCUAUUUGUCUUAAGCUAUGAUAUGGAUAAAGUUGUGGCUCAAAAAUGAAACUGAAAAGAUCUUGUUUUGCUAGAGGCAUUUUUUUCUUCUUUUUUUGUUUUUUUUAAAGCAAGUAGAUUUGUAAGGCAGCUUUUUCCCAUAGAAAUAUGUUAAUAUUACAAGCAGACAAUCUUUUUUUAAUAUAACAAAGAUAAAUUAUUAAGUCUACUUCUGAGUUUUUUUGCAUUCUAACUGAAAAUAAAGUAUUUGUAUAAAUUACUUUGGUUAUUAGUGUAUCAUGACACUCACCUUAAUAUUUUAGCUUUUUUUCCCUGUAACCCCUCCCCCAAGUUUUCAAAAGGCAAUAAGGAAUGAAAAACCUUUAGAUAAUUGGAUGCAAAUUGAAAUUGUUAGUCAUUUACAUUUUUCUCAUUAUUAAAUUUGACUCUUAAAAGACUUAAAAUACUGCUGUUUCCCAUAUGUACGCCACUUAUAUUCCCUCAAUAAUCAUGUUUUCUCAUAAAAUCAAUUAAAAAUAGCAUAUAAAAAAGUAUUUAUUUUACAACUAUUAACAGCUACUUGGUUUCCCAUCACCAUGGCAAGGUCUUGAUUUAGAGUAUUUCUGUACAAAAGGAUACUUUUGACCAGAUGAACUAACUUUUGUGGAAUUUUAUUAUCUAGAAUAAAAUAUAUUGCAGAUUUCCUAAUUUUGGGAAGGGCAAGAAUGUUUUAUUUUUUCAUGCUGUGCACUGGGUCUUCUAAGCAAUGCUAGUAAAACUGGUGGUAUUAUGUAGCAGCACCCUGGCCAGACAUUGAAUGUCUGAGAGGAGUUUACACUGUUUAGCAUCUUGUAACACUUGCAAAAUGGUCAAAUACAAUGCAUUUCAUGUCCACUGUAUGGUGAGUAGAGCACCAAAGAACUGCGUUACAUUUGGUCAUAAUUUCUACGGUUCAUGAUAGCUCUUCUUGAUUAGUAAAAGACUUUACUAAGAGAGUCUAAAUUGCAGGAGAUAUUCUUACUGUCUAGCCUAGCUAGAGAUUUUACAUUCUGCUUCAUAAACAAAGCAAAUGAUAAGCGUUUUACUUUAAGUUUUAAGACGCAGUUUAGUCAGUGUGAUAUUUAUAAAUCAAAAGCUACAAGAAUAGAUGUGUGGGUGAAGCCAUAGAACAUAUUUGCUUGAAAUUUUUGAGCAGGGAUCUUAUAAAGGGCCAGAAAUCAGAUGUGUGGUUCACAGACAGUGAGCGUAACAUCGAAGUCUGAGAGAAGUUUAUAAAGGGCAUUGGCAAUAAACUUAUUUGUUGCAGCUUUUUUCCAAGUAUUGUAAAUACUCUUUCCUGAUAUUAUGUACAGCCUUGGAAUGGCACCUUUUAACUAACCCCAGGUGUAUUUUGUUUCCAAUGUUUUUAUAUACAAAUGUAUAUAUGGUGCUCACUUUAGAACAGCAGUGUUGACCAUUUAUGCUGCAUAGUUGUAUUAUAGCCUUAUUAGUUGUGUAUGGUUGGUUGAACCUUUGGGUGUACAAAUGUUAGUUUGAGUGGUGUCCUUUAUCCAUUUGUUGAUAGGUGAAUGAUUGUGCAUGUGGUGUAUGUUGUAUUAUGUUGUCAUGUAAAAGGAAGGGCGAGAAUAACCACUACAUUAAGAUAAUAUUGGACCAAACUAUUUAGAGCAAGUAAACAGUUUCUUGUACCCCUUAACGUGUCUUUAAAAGUUGCAUAUAGUUACAGUAGUGUAUAAAUUAAAUAUUGUGGGAAAACAAUUAGUCUUGUAUUUUUCUGUAUGUGUAUAUAUAA